UGCAUUGCACACCGGUAUAAAUGAAUUUUGAAAUCAAUGGAUCCUUCAGUCGUUGCCUCGUCUUCGAAGAAAGAAAUCAUCGAAAGGGAACAACCGACUAGGGUUAAAACAUCAUGAAGAUUCUAUAUUUUCUUGGAUUUUGUCUUUUUUGCCUCUCUAUCCUGAGAGUGGAAUCAAAGCCACAAAUAACGAAACUGUUCCCGAUCCCAGAAGAAACAAACGAUCCUCCACAACGAUCCGGCAACGAUACGAAGCCUCUGGACAAAUUAUUCGGAAAAUUGCGAGCCACGUACAACUUCGUGUUUCGAAAGCCAGAGAACAUGAGCAACGUGGAGAAAAUUUUGGCCAAGGAUACACCUGACCCUGAUAUCGAAGCGCUUAAAGUAAUCUGGUCUAAUCGAAUGCAAUCGAAUUCGAAGGAGGAUUCAAAGAAGUCUCAACCCAAGGGAAUGUAUUUAGCGACAAACGACGAAUGGGUGAAUGAUAUUCAACCUUUGGAUCAUUUAGAGCCUCUAGAACCAUUGGAAUUGGAAGAUGAAGUAGAAAAUCAUAAGGAUCGAGAGGUAGAGAUCGUUACACCAAGAACCAGUUUCCAGUUUCCGGUCACACUUAGUCGUCAUCUCGUUGAUUGGCUUGGAUCACUUCUGGGAAUUACUUAUGGGAUCUAUUCUAAGUUAACCAGAGCUAUUUAUAGCAAUAAUACUGCAAUACGUAUUAGCUGAUUGCAAGAAAUAUAUAUUUUAUAUUACUUUGGAUUUUUGUUUGUAUUAAAAAUAAUUGAAUAAAAUGAAAAAUGACGGUUCA